ACGACGACCUUCAUAUUUUGGUUUAAAUCGUGGAUUGAUAUACAUCACAUGGGAGCUAAAGAUGUCCCUAGACAAUUUUGGUCACCAUAUGACUCCACUCUCAUACACGAAGCUUUACUAAGUUUUUCCGGAGUUCUAGCUAUUGGAAAAAUGCUAUAUUAUUUUCAACAAAGUUUUCAUUUGGGACCCAUUCAGGUCUCUUUAACACGAAUGCUGGUAAAUAUCGCAUGGUUCUUGGCCGGAGUUUUCAUUCUGCUGAGCACCAUUGCCAUUUGCAUGACAAGUUUAUAUUCACACUAUAAAGGAAUGGAACGAAAAGAAAACGGCGGGGAGAUAAUUCUUCAAGAUGCUGCUUUCACUUCUUUAUCUUCUUCGAUGAAGACUUUAUUCUGGGCUCUGUUUGGAUUAAUCGAUCUCGAUUCUGCAGAUGUAAUAGUUGGGAUAGAAACCGAAACAUCACCCGAAGUAAUCAUUCACCACAGUUUUACCCAGGCUAUCGGGACUUUAUUAUUUGGCAGUUAUCAUGUGCUAAUGAUUAUAAUUUUUAUUAACAUAUUGAUUGCUGUUCUAACAAAUACUUUCCAAAAAGUCGUGGAUAAUGCCGACAUGGAAUGGAAAUAUAUCAGAACCAGACAAUGUGCUACAUAUUUUUAUGUAGACGAAGCCGUACCCAGUCCUUUCAAUUUAAUGCUAAAUUGGUAUGAAAUAUGUUCUAAGGUAAAUUCUGUAAUAGAAGCAACAAAAGUCUGCAAUAUAACAAGACUAUUUACACCACCCAAACGAGAAUACUUCUCUUGGCUGAAACGUUGUUACAAGAUAAAAGAAGCAGAGAUUGAUGACGAGGAAGCAAACAAAGAACUGAUGAGAAAAAUUAUGCAAAAAUACCUACGAACAAAAGCCAAUAUUAAUCACGAUUUACACAAUAUUAACUCUAAUAAAAUGAUAUAAAUUUUUAAAAUGUAUUUUAAUUCGAAAAUAAAAUUAUCCUUUGAU